AUGGGGCGAGGGUGGAGCAGGUGUGGCCACGGCCACAAUGGGGCAUCAGUUUUGCUUGGGGUCUGGUGGCAGGUGGCCAAAACCAUGAAACUGCCCAGCCUUGGGCAUUGUGUGGGCUGUGGAGGCCUCCACCUGCUUAGACCCUUCCCAGGUUCCCUGAUAGUUUGGCUGUCAGAGCUGAGCCACAGUGGUCUCAGCCACUCGGCAGGUGGCUCCUUCCAGGGCCUGUGUGGACUGCGGGUGCAGCUGCUGUCUCCCAGUGUCCUGUGGGACUUGGCUGGUGGAGCCCUGGGGGGCCUGGGUGUCCUGGAGCAGCUGUAUCUCAGCCCCACCAGCUGGCCCCCCUGUGCCCAGACUUUUCCAUCACUCUGUGCUGUCUACUCUGUUUAG